AUGGGUUCUACGCCGCCCGCCGACAAUUUGGUCACAGAAAACCCGGAUCAUGUCCACAUCAUGCCCCCCGACGAUGUGCACGUAAUUUGCCCCACAGACUAUUUUUCUGGGCCGGGCAAAAAGGUACUUCUUUUGCUUAACCAGGAGAUCAAGCUUCCAGUGGCUGCUGUACAACAGGUGUGGGAUGCUUCGCAAUUGAGGAUCUGCGCCGACGGGGGUGCAAACCAGCUUUACGAGUAUAGCCUGAAACACGGUCUGGACUGGCUGCCGGACUUUGUGAUAGGUGAUCUCGACUCCUUGCGGCCCGAAGUGAGCAUCUUCUAUAAAUCCAAGGGGGUCAAGGUCAAGCAGCAGGCUUCGCAAUAUUAUUCAGACCUGGACAAGGCUAUCACGCUUUCAAACCUGGCUCUGCUCGAUCCGACAAUAAAUCUUGACGAUUACGACGACUAUGAUGGCGUCAGCAAGCAUGAGGAAAGCGUCACCGAUACCAUUCAAGAUAAGGUUUCUGUGUUCAUGAUGGGCUCAAUUGGCGGAAGAUUUGAUCACACGGUCUCCACGAUCAGCAAGCUGAUUAAAUUGCACCAUACAAGGCCCAAUUUCCAGUUCAUCGUGAGAAAUAGCGAAUAUAACGAGUAUAUUUUGUUUAUUCCCAAAGGACGCAACUUUGUUACGCUGCUGCAAGAAAAGGAGUACCAUCGAGGUGAGAAGCUAGUGAAGGGAAAACUGCCGCUUGUUGGGCUGUUACCACUCGCGUGUCCUGUGCGAUUGAGCACGAGCGGGCUCAAAUGGGACGUUACGAAUUGGGAGUCCUCGAUCGAAGGAAAAGUGAGUGCGAACAACCUGUUAGUCGGCGACAACGGGUUUCUCGUCGAUACCACUGGCCCCAUAUUUGUCAACAUCGAAAUCUGA